CUGUCCUGUAACGAUUGAAGUGUACAACACAAAUAUAGUAAAAAGGAAAAAGAAAUUGUAUAAAGUAAAACAUACCCUGCUGAAAUGUCUGGCUUAAUGAUGACUCGCGGAAAAUUCUGGCAUCAUGCACAGAUCCUGACCAUUUUGCCUCGACAUUGGUAAUUAUUUGGGUUGCCUCACAUAUUACCUAGUUAGUGGAAGUAAUGAUUUUAAGAAGGGAAAAAAUUUCCUAUUAACAUAGCCAUCAAUGCACCCAAUUACAUUUGGAAACCCUGAAACAGAAAGUUAUGGAAGUAUGAAGUGUGUGCGCAUAAUGAAUACAUGUAUAGAUAUCAAUAAUAUGAUUAAAUAUGCGUCAUAGAUUUUACUACAAAGGACAAACCUGCCACUCUGUGGACUUCGUCUUUAAUAACAAGCAGAGGUUUAUGGCCAGGGAACUGUACAAACGUGGGUAAGAACAUACUGAACGAACGGCUCGACACACAGUUGCCUUUCCCACAUGCUCCGAAUCGCCCACACUGUACAAAAAAUGGCCAGACGCAAAAAACCUAAGUGCUAUGCACAGAAUGUUUUCUGUGCUAAGCACAGAACCGCGGUUUGUCACAUUUGUGAUAUGAGGUUUUAAAAGAUGUGUUAAAUAAACUAAGGAAUCUUUUGAAAAACGAUAACGCUCUUUCAAAUAUUCAUUGGGGUAUGCAAACACGUCAAUAUGUGGUCUUAUAACCCUCUCCAGACGAAAAAAACCUUGUAUAAGUUGUGCUUCUACGUCCACAGGAUCUUCCUCAAAAGGGCACACCAUGCUCACCAACCUUCUGAGGCAGAUGUGCAGAAAAUCCCUGAUAUGGAUAAAGAAAUAGCCAUAGCUAAAAAAAAAAUUCAGGCAAUUUCCAUGUAAUAUACAUUAGUAUAUGAAUAAUGCAGUGCUAAUUGACAACAUUUAUUACAGCAUAGAAAUAUAUUUUCCAUGUGUUUGUAUAAUAGAUAAGGAAAAGUAUUAUAGAAUACAAAUGAUUGUGUGUUAUUCAACACAAACUAUGUACAUGUACACCUUUUUGUGGUUUCCAUUCAAAUGCCGUUGGUCCUGACAUUUUUAUCCUAGCCAUCAGAUUGUCCUAUAAAGGCUUACAGCGCAUGCACGCAUCAAUAUUUCAUAAAUUUUAUUCACCCAUUUUUUUCUACUCGCUCAUGGAUUUCUUCAUGCAAGGUACGUUUUUAUUUAGUUUUUGUACAAAUAGUUUAAUAAAGUAAUCGCUCCAUACAAACACAAUUCCUAAUAAGACAUAAAUAAAGAAUAAGAGAAGCUAUACUUAAAAACCUGGUGAAUGUGUUUUACAGAAUCCGGGAUUAAAGGGGUGUAGCUUUUCAGGAGAAGAAGAUGAGGAGCAGAGCGUAGUUCGCCAAAAACAGGAUAUUCUGUUUGGAUUAUGUACAGACAGCCACCAUAGUGCUACUAAUAACUUUAAUUUAGCGAGUUUAGGGGGUUUCCACGUCGAGUUCGUCGUCCCAUUCGCGCGAGGGGCGCUCAGGAAAAGCCUGGAGAUCCUCGCUGCUGCUGCGGGGAAAAGUGAACCGUCCAGCGGGAGCCGUAUCAAAACACGGUUUAAAGAAAACUCCCUCUAAAAUGAGCCUCUGUUGGAAGAAAGAAGAGCAUGAUGAUAUUCACUAUGAGAACCAGAGAGCAGCAUCUCCAGAACCCAGCUGUGUGUCUAUGAAAAGUGACACAUCCAUGACACAGCCCAUUCAUUUCAGUGAUGGAACAAUCACCUUUGAUCCCAGAGAUAAUCAGACUGCAAUCUUGCAGCAGGAUUUUCACCAACCAGUAGAACUACAGAAAGUAAAAGACAAACACAAAACCAGAAUGAAAAAUAAGUAUCAGAAUUUAUUUGAGGGAAUCAACCUACAGAAGAAUGAAAGCCUUCUGAACAAGGUCUACACACAGCUUUAUAUCAUGGAGGGAGAGAGUGAAGGAGUGAAUGAAGAACAUGAGGUUUUACAGAUGGAGAAAACAGCCAGAACGCAACACUCAAAAGACACUACAAUCAACUGCAAUGACAUCUUUAAAGCCUUACCUGAACCAGGUUGUCAGGAGCAAUGCAAAAUAAAGACUGUUCUUACUAAAGGCAUCGCUGGAAUUGGAAAAACUGUCUCUGUGCAGAAGUUCAUUUUGGACUGGGCCGAGGGAAAAGCCAAUCAGGAUGUAGAUUUCAUGUUUGUGCUUCCAUUUCGAGAGUUGAACUUGAUUAAAGAUCACCAGUACAGUUUACUUAGACUUCUUCAGGACUUUCAUCCUAAACUUCAAAAUCUGGACUCGAAGAUUUAUGAGGAGUGUAAAGUUGUGUUCAUCUUUGAUGGUCUGGAUGAAAGCAGAAUUACACUGAUAUUUUCAGAUGAUCAGAAAGUUUCUGAUGUGAAUGACACUUCAUCAGUGGGUGUUUUGAUGUCAAAUCUCAUUAAAGGAGAUCUGCUUCCCUCUGCUCUAAUCUGGAUCACCUCCAGACCAGCAGCAGCCAAUCAGAUCCCCUCCAAAUACCUCAGUCGUCUGACAGAAAUUCAGGGAUUCAAUGAUCCUCAGAAGGAGGAAUAUUUCAGAAAGAGGACUGAUGACAAACAUCAGGCCAGCAGAAUCAUCUCACAUAUUAAAAGAGCAAAAAGCCUCCAGAUCAUGUGUCACAUCCCUGUCUUCUGCUGGAUCUCAUCCACUGUGCUUCAGAAGCUCCUGGAAGAAGAUCUGAGUGCAGAGAUCCCUCAAACUCUGACUGAAAUGUACAUCCACUUCCUGCUGACUCAGAUUAACAUGAAAAAUCUGAAAUAUACAGAGACAGAUCCAGAGAAACUCCUGCAGUCCAACAGAGAAGUCAUUGUUAAACUUGCUCAACUGGCUUUCAAACAGCUGAUGAAGGGCAAUGUGAUGUUUUAUGAGGAGGACUUGAUUGAGAGUGGCCUAGAUGUCACUGAUGCCUCAGUGUAUUCUGGGAUUUGCACUGAGAUCUUUAAAGAGGAAUCUGUAAUUCAUCAGAGGAAGGUCUACUGUUUUAUACAUCUUAGCUUUCAGGAGUUUCUCGCUGCCUACUAUAUGUUUUACUCUUAUAUCAUAAAGAACAUGGAGCCAUUGCAGUUGUUUGUGGAUAGAGACUAUAAAGAUUGUGAAGAUUAUGAAUGUUUAUCAGACAUGUCUGAAAAAUCUUUGUAUGAAAUACUAACAUCUGCAGUUGAUAAAACUCUUCAGAGUAAAAAUGGAAACCUGGACCUUUUUCUGCGGUUUCUGCUGGGCAUCUCACUGAAAACCAAUCAGAGACUCUUACAGAGUCUACUGACACAAACAGAGAACAGCUCGGAGGUCAUUAGAGGAAUCACACAGUACAUUAAAAAUAGAAUCAAGUAUGAUGAUGAUGUCUCGGCGGACAGAUCCAUUAAUCUGUUCCUCUGCCUGCUUGAAGUGAAUGAUCAGAGUCUAUUCAGGGAGAUCCCAGAGUUUGUGAAAUCAGACAAACACUCUGGUAAUGAACUUACUCCUGCUCAUUGCUCUGCAAUUGCCUACAUGCUUCAGAUGUCCGAGGAGGUGUUGGAUGAAUUCAAUCUCAUGAAAUACAAAACAUCAGAUGAGGGUAGAUCGAGGCUGAUACCAGCUGUGAUCAACUGCAGAAAAGCUCUACUUGCUGGAUGUGGCAUUUCUGAUUGCUUAUGUGAAAGCUUGUCUUCAUGUCUACAAUCAUUAAACUCCUGUCUGGAAGAGAUUGACCUAAGUAACAAUAACCUGCAGGAUUCAGGUGUGAAGCUGCUUUCUAGUGGAUUGAAGAGUUCACACUGUCAAAUGAAAAAACUGAGAUUGGUCCUCUGUAACCUCUCUGGUCAUUCCUGUGAAAGCCUGUCGUCAGCCCUACAAUCAUCAAACUCUUGUUUAAAAGAGCUGGACCUGAGUAACAAUGAUAUUCAAGACUUAGGAGUGAAGCUGCUUUCUUCUGGACUGAAGAGUUCACACUGUCAGCUGAAGAUACUGAGGAUGUCAGGCUGUAUGGUUACAGAGGAAGGCUGUGGUUAUCUGUCUUCAGCUCUGAGUUCAAACCCCUCACACCUGAGAGAGCUGGACCUGAGCUACAAUCACCCAGGAGAUUCAGGAGUCAAGUUGCUUUCCGAAAAACUGGAGAAUCCAAACUGUGCACUGGAUAAACUCAACGUGGAACAUGGAGGAGAGCUCAGGAUUACAGCAGGACUACAAAAAUAUGCCUGCGAUCUCACACUUGAUCUAAACACGGCUCACAGGCUUCUCCUUCUGUCUGAGGAGAACAGAAAGGUGACGCAUGUUGAAGAAGAUCAGUCAUAUCCUGAUGAUCCGGAGAGGUUUGAGUUAGAUCCUCAGGUUCUGUGUCGAGAGAGUCUGUCUGGACGCUGUUACUGGGAGACUGACUGGAGUGGACACGGAGCUGUUAUAUCAGUCACAUAUAAGGGGAUUCGCAGGAAAGGACAUAGUCCUGACUGUUGGUUCGGACGCAAUAAAUACUCCUGGUGUCUGAUUUUCACUGAUAACAGAAUCACUGUCUGUGACAACGAUAAGCUAAGUUUCAUACGCGUCUCUUCACAUUUUUCUAAGAGAAUAGGAGUGUAUCUAGACUGGGAAGCCGGCACCGUGUCCUUCUACUGCGUCUCUGAAACACACACACUCACACACUUACAUACAUUCACCUCCACAUUCACUGAGCCUCUUUAUGCCGCUUUUGGGUUUAUGAUUCACGAUCAUAACUCCUCGGUGUCUCUGUGUCAGAUUAAGCCUGCGAGCCACAACAGAGAUGUCACUUGUACACCCGAGUAGAAAAAAGUGGUAUCUGUAAUAACUGUAACUAAAUAUUUUUAUUAUUUAAAUAAAGUUGGGCUUUAUUUUUCUAGGAACAUUUUUGUCUUAUUGGUUGAUCAGGUGUCUCUUCACAUCCUGGUAGCGCUAAAGUGAAAGGAAGGCAGAGAUGCAUAAAGAUGGUUAUUUUUGCAUUAAAACUAUUUAAUCUUAAUCUUAAUGCUGUAUUUUGGGUGAAGUGUAAAGAUUUGAUAAAACUCGUUGGAAGACCUGCCAAGAGAGCUUCACGAUAGUCCAACAUGUACAGGUCACAUGGCGUAGUCAUUCGUCAAUGUACGCAAAACGUACAUUUUUGCAUAUUAGGUACUUAAGAACACUUAAUUUAACUUAAAUUUUACAACCUUAAAUCGAAGGAGCACCGAAAACUGCUUACCUGUCCUCAGCGUGCUCAAUGACGUGUGAGGAAGCAGCGCGAGCAGAACAGGAAAGACGACGACUUAGAUUUUAAUGGCGAUUAGCAGCCACCGUACAUCGGUGGGUGAUUCUAUAAUUGUGGGUAUGUUUGGUGUGUAUUUUAUCAUCAUGCAUCAAUGUGCAAUCAAAUAUUUGAUUAGUACUUUUUUUGCUGACAUUUUAUUCAUAUUAUUUAUGAAAACCCUUAUAAAACAUUUUCUUGCGUCAACUCUGUUAUCUUACCAUAUUUUGGUUUUAAACUGGUGGAAUUAUCUCACAGGAUAUGUUGUCUCUUUCACUCACUGAUAACACGUGAAGCACUGACAAAUUUCUUAGACUGAGAGAUUUUGUAGAAUUUCAACUCUGUUACCACGAUAUCAAAAGGAAAACGGAAUUUAUUACUGAUCUGACAUUGGGUUAUCAAAACAGACUGGAACUACACUAAACCAAGUAGGGUUUCAUGGACGAAGGCCAAGGAAAACACUAUUGCUGAAGAAAAGACAAAAAGGAACGACUGGUCUUUGGCCAAAGAGGACCUGGAUAAAGCACAAUCCUUCUGGGAAAAUGUUCUGUGAUGAUACAAAAAAAAAAAUAUUUUUGUUUGCAAUGCUCACCAACUGUUUGUUUACAGAUGACGCAAUGAAGCUUAUAAGAUAAAGCAAACCCUACCAACCGUUAAGCGUGGUGGAGGAUCCAUAA